CGGGCCAUCCUGUCACUUGCAAAUGAAAUUUGAAUUAUCCAUCAUAACAAAAUGAAUUAAUCCAUAAAUGCAUAUAGUCAAGUCAAUCUCACAUUCUCAGAUUAUAUAUUUAAGCCUCCUCAAAUUCCUUUCCUGCAAAUCAACUUUCAACCAAAUGGGUGUCCCUCACUUUCUUGUUAUACCAUAUCCAGUUCAAGGACAUGUGAAUCCCCUUAUGCAAUUGUGUGAGGCUCUAGCCAAACAUGGUUGCAAAAUCACUUUUGUACACACAGAGUUCAACCACAAACGAGCAAAUAGUGCUGGUGCUGGACCAGACAACCUUAAAGGAUCAUCAAGGAUCAAGUUUGUGACUCUCCCAGAUGGUUUAGACCCUGAAGAUGAUAGAAGUGAUUUCAACAAAGUUAUUUCAUCUAUCAAAGGCAAUAUGCCUGCUAUGCUUCCAAAACUCAUAGCAGAUAUCAAUGCUUUGGAUGUUGACAAUUGCAUCACUUGCAUAGUUGGUACAAUGAAUAUGGGUUGGGCCUUGGAAGUUGGCAACAAAUUGGGAAUUAAAGGAGCUCUUCUGUGGACUGCAUCUGCUACUUCCUUGGCAGCAUGUUAUUGCAUCCCAAGCCUCAUUCAUGAUGGAAUUAUAGACCCAGAUGGAAUACCAACCAAAAACCAAAAAAUUCAGCUUUCUCCAAAAAUGCCUAUGAUGGAUACUGCAGACCUGCCAUGGGCUGGCCUAAGUAAGACCUUAUUCUCUUGUAUAGUUCAAGAGAUGAAAACCUUGGAGUUAGGAGAAUGGUGGCUUUGCAACUCUACUUGUGAUCUUGAGCCUCAAACACUUGCAAUAUCUCCAAGGUUCAUCCCAAUUGGCCCCUUGAUGGAAAGUGACACUAACAAAAAUUCAUUCUGGCAAGAAGACACAACUUCCCUAGAAUGGUUGGACCAGCAGCCACCAAAAUCUGUUGUAUAUGUUUCCUUUGGUAGUUUAGCAAUAGUUGAACCCAACCAAUUCAAAGAGUUAGCCCUAGGACUUGAUCUCAUUGACAAGCCUUUUCUUUGGGUUGUACGUCCAAGUAAUGAUAAUAACAAGGCGAAUAGUACAUACCCUGAUGAAUUUCAUGGAAGUAAAGGUAAAAUUGUCAAUUGGGUACCUCAGAGGAAGAUAUUGAACCACCCUGCCAUAGCUUGCUUCAUUAGUCACUGUGGUUGGAAUUCUACUUUAGAAUGUGUAUGUAGUGGCGUACCUUUCUUGUGUUGGCCAUUUUUCAGUGACCAAUUUGUUAACAGGUGGUAUAUUUGUGAUGUGUGGAAGGUUGGAUUGAAGUUAGAUAAGGAUGAAAAUGGACUAAUAUUGAAGGGAGAGAUAAGAAAGAAGGUGGACCAACUUCUUGGGAAUGAAGAGAUAAAAGCAAGAUCAUUGAAACUGAAGGAAUUGACUGUGAAUAGCUCAGCUAAAAGUGGUCGAUCUUCAAUGAAUCUCGAAAAGUUUAUUAACUGGGCCAAGUAAUCUUGACUUGUAUCAGUUUAUGUCUGAAAUUCGUUUGCUUAACAAAUGUUUAUGUAAGAAAUAGAGCAAGGAACUUAUAGUAUUAUACAGGAUGAGGUUGUCCUUAUCCUAUAGAAUACAUCCCAUCUAUAUUUGUGAAGUUCCUUCAAUGAAUUAAUCAUGUGACUUAUGUGCUCCCAAUCCCAUCCUGGUCAUAGCCUAUCGCUUUU